ACUCUAGGCAAUCAAUCAAUCGUAUCGUAUACUAGCCAAAAGUAAAACGGGCCGCUCGCCCCGCUACUCCGCCGUCCGCCUCUCCGCCUCCUCCGGCGCCGGCGCUGCAGCGGCCGGCCCACGGAAUCCAUGGGCAACAUGACCCGCUCAGACUCGCCCGUCUCCCGCCGCAUCGUCCUCUCCUUCCUCGACUUCCUCAACUCCGUCGAGUUAGCUCCUGGGGUUGAUCCUGAAGCUCUUGAAGUUGCUAAGGAUUGCCUGGAGUCCAUUUUUAGUGUUAACUCAUCAGCCACUCGUGAGGCGAUACAGCCAGGACUGUUGCUUGAGCUAUUUGCUUCUCUGGAAGCAAAUGAAAGAGACCGGGCAAGAGCUGCUUUGCUGUCACAAUCUGUAUCAAACAAGCCAUCUCAAAAUGCGGGUACAUCUAAUGUCGAAGAAGACCCAAACAAAUGCACAACAUCAGAUAGUGACAGUCAGAUGGAGGAUACAUUUGACCUAGAUCAUUCAGGGGAUGAACUAUUUGCAAAAUUUUAUGCUGCACUUGAUGAAAUCAAUUUCUUUAAGACAUCACCUGCUGGAGCUGAAGAUCCUGGCCUACUUUCAAAAGCAACACAAUACUUUAAUGAUGCAUUACUGGCGAUGCAGAAGUCAGGAACGAAAAAGGCAAGCUUAGUAGACCUUGCAGAGUCCUUUAAAUCAAGAGGUAAUGAAUUCAUGAGAUCAAACCAACACCUUAAAGCGGUAGAGCUGUACACCUGUGCCAUUGCAUUGAACAAAAAAAAUGCCAUUUACUAUUGCAACAGGGCUGCUGCAUAUACCCUUCUUAAUAUGAACAAUGAAGCUAUUGAGGACUGCCUGAAGUCAAUUGAAAUUGACCCUAGCUACAGCAAAGCAUAUAGCCGACUUGGAUCUGCUUAUUUUGCUAUGGGGAAUUAUCAUGAUGCUCUGUACAAGGGAUACUUGAAAGCCGCUGAGCUUGAUCCUAGUAAUGAAAAUGUCAGGCAGAAUAUUGAGGUCGCAAAAAAGAAACUGGCUGAACAACGAGUCCCACCAGAAGGGCAGAACACACAUGCACGCCAAGCUCAAGGACCACAUCCAGUAUUUACAAGUAGUGGUGUUCCUUUCAAUCUGUUUCCACCAGGUAGUUCUCCAGGUCAAGAAUUCUUCGCUGGCUGGUCAUCUGAUAUUGGUGCACCACCACCAGGACAUUCCAUAAGUAUAAAUUUGAAUGACAUUUUUGGUCAAGCAAGUGUCAAUGCUGGCGGUCAAGGAUCAAGUCAAACAGGGAAUUCAAAUAACCAUACUCCACCUGCUUCGUUCCCAACUGGUGCUGCUGUUCCUCCCCCCUUUGCCUUCUCGGGCUCAGGCAAUGAAGGAACUCAGGCACGCCAAGCUUCUAAUGGACAUGAAGGGGAACAUGGUGAACCAGGCGUACACAGGGAUGAUGGCAUCCAUAUAAAUGUGGCUGGAGCUAGACCCGAGCAGGCUGCGGAGGCUUUGAGAGCUGUGAUGCAAAUGCUUGGGCCACACAUGACUCCACAUGAAGGUGCACCUAGAGGACCAGGUUAAUACGUGGGAAGUAGGAAAAUGUGUUAUGCGGCGUAUUGUUGAAUUGUCGUCUGCAAAAGUCUUAUACAGGACAUUAUUUUGUCUUUCCAUCCUGAUGAAGAAUGGAAUAUCUUGUGCACCUUAUAGCAGUAUGUCUGUGCUAAAAUUCCACCUUAAUGGUUGCUGGCACAUUUUGCUCAACUUACCUGUUCGGUUCAUCUUGGCGGAGAUGUAUCAUUAGCUAUGCUGAGUCUUGUUUGUUGAGAUUGUCUCGUGAUUUGUGUAUACCUGUUGGUCCAUCAUGUGAUUUAAAGCCAUUUUGCCCCCCUGUUUUUUGGCUGCUUGUUGGUUGCCAAUUGAUACUUUGAAAUAUUUGCAAGGUUGGUAGUUUUUUUUU